AUGGUACACUCAGAUGAUGAAUAUGAUGAAGACACUCAGUCCAUUGAAGGUGAAGAAGAGGAUAAGGAUGGGGAAGAAGUCAGUGCUCACCUUAUCAAAACCUUUGGGUCUACAUUUCAGAGUGAAUUUCAAAAGGACAUACAAGAGGUAGCUGAACAGCAGGGGUUAUCUCCAAGGGGAAGGAAACAAGAUAAACAAAAUUACAGACAAACUUCCAAAAGUACAUCAGCUCAGACUAGCAGACCCAACACUAGGUCGAAAAGCAGAGCUUGUGGAUUAAUGGAUCUUGGGUACACGGGUCAGACAUAUACGUGGUGCAAUCACAGGAAUGAAGAGGCUAGAGUGUGGAAGAGGCUUGAUAGAGCUAUGGUCAAUGACAACUGGUUACAAGGAAUCCCUCAAACUACUAUUACCCAUCUCCAUUCAGUGGGUUCUGAUCAUUGUCCCUUAUUGAUGGAGAUUGUAGAUAAAGUGAAGCAACCUAUCAAAUAUUUCAAGUUCUUGCACUGCUGGACUAAACAUGAGGAGUUUAAUAAUGUGGUUAAAGCCUGCUGGGACAGGGAAGUGGAAGGUAAUCCUAUGUGGAGAUUACAACAGAAGAUGAAGAGGUUGACUGCUACUCCUAGUAAUUGGUCCAAAACAACUUAUGGAGACAUUUUCAGCAUUGUUCGAGAUCAUGAGGAGAGAGUUAGAGUGGCUGAGGAAGCACUGAUUGUUAAUAAUUCUACUGAAAAUAGAGCAAACUUACACAUGAUUAAUGCCAGGUACAUCAAAUACUUGAAGUUGGAAGAUUCUAUCCUUAAACAGAAGACUCAAUUGCAGUGGUUUAAAGAUGGUGACACCAACUCCAAGUACUUUCAUGCCAUUAUGAGAGGUCGAAGAAGGAAACUUUUUAUCCACAAGGUCUGUAUAGGAAAUGAAGAAUGGGUGGAGGGGUAUGAGAACAUAGCCAAGGCAGCCUGUGAUCACUUUAAGAACAUAUUUACUGGAACUGAACAGCCCAUCAAUGAGGAUAUAUUACAACAUAUCCCAAGAAUGGUCACUCUUGAGCAAAAUACGACUCUCCAAGCAAUUCCUACUAGUGAAGAAUUGCAGCAGGUGGUCUUUUCUAUGAAUCCUAAUUCAGCUCCUGGUCCGGAUGGACUUGCUCCUAUGCUGCCUAAUAUUAUCUCCAACAACCAGUCUGGUUUUGUUAUAGGAAGGAGUAUUUCAGAGAGUGUCAUGCUGGCACAGGAGAUUAUACAUGGCAUCAAAAAACCUAAGGAAGGGGAUAAUGUGGUGAUUAAGUUGGACAUGACAAAGGCAUAUGACAGAGUGUCAUGGGCCUUUACUAGUCUGGUUUUAAGACACAUGGGAUUUGGAGAAUUUUUCAUUGACAUAGUGUGGAAAAUUAUGAGUAAUAAUUGGUACUCAAUCAUAGUCAAUGGGACAAGACAUGGUUUUUUCCAUUCUACAAGAGGCCUCAAGCAGGGGGAUCCUCUCUCCCCAUCCCUAUUUAUUUUAGGGGCUGAGGUGUUGUCUAGAAUGCUUAAUAACCUAUAUGACAAUCAACACUUCCAUGGGUUCCAAAUAGACUUUAGAGGGCCUCAGAUCAAUCACUUAAGCUUCGCUGAUGAUGUUAUCAUUUUUACUUCAGGAAGAGAAGAGUCUCUGAAGCUCAUUAUGGAAACACUGUCAACCUAUGAAGAUACCUCAGACCAACUCAUCAACAAAGGAAAAAGUCACUUCAUGGUUCCUAAAGAUACACCUUCUCACAUUAUUGAUAUGAUUCAGGAAAUCACUGGCUUCAAUCAAAGAGAAAGUCCUAUAAAUUACCUUGGCUGUCCCCUUUACAUAGGAGGACAAAGGAUUAUUUAG